GGCUUCCUUACCAAAACAGAAACGUCACUUUAGAGCGAAACUUUUGACAAAAGUACGUGCGGACUGUGCUCUUUCCAAGCCGUCAAUGUGAAUCCGUGAAAAAAUUAUUCGGCGACGACCAUGGAGGGUCUGGAGAUGUCUGCGAUGAUUCCUGCGUUGCAGGAGCUUGCGAGCGCCAGUGCGGCGGAAUACGAGCAGGCUGUGCAGAAAGCGCGGGAGAUUCUGUGUCAGUUUAUCGACCGCAUCCUGAGCGACGUGGAUGCCGUGUCCCUCGGGCUGAACAAGAAGUCGUCGUCAGAGCCCGCCUGUGUCAUGCUUCUGGACUUUGUGCAGCACAUCAUCAAAUCAUCCUCGCUCAUGUUCGCCAACCCCGCCUGCCCGCCUGCUGAGUACCCGCACGCCACCCAGAGCUGCACGGACUUCAGCAAAUGGGUGAUGGUGCGUCUGCUGCGCGUGGCGGCGGCCCCCGACUGCGACGUGAUCCACAGCCGCGUCGGCGCCGUGCUGCGCUCGCUCAUGCACUCACUGAGGGUCCGGGCUCCGUUCAUCUUCAGCCGCCUGGCACAGGACCUCGUCCUCCUGGCGCGGGAACUCGGCGGCAUCCUUAGAGCGCACGUGGCCUCGCUCACUGGGACUCGCUCACCCAGCCGGUGGCCGGCGGCGCUCGACGCCUUCGCCGUCUCGUCGCCGUGCGCCUACCUCACCCCUUCGCCUCUUUCACUGGCUUCCCCGUCGGCCUUAGAGACGCUGGCCGCCGCCACGCUGGGCAUGCUGACAGACGCCGUGAAGGGAGUCGUCUCCCCGGGCGACCUCCGCGUCGCCUGGGAGACCGCCUGCUCCAUUUUGGCCAACGGCAACAUCCGUCUGAGGACGCUCGCCAUGGUGAUGCUGAGGCAGCAGGUGGAGCUGCGGGGUUUCCCCGAGGCGCAGGGGCACGAGUUCUUCGCCGCGUUCCUCCACUUGCUGGAGACGCACCCAACUACGGCGAGCGUGCAACAACCGUACGACGGCGAGCUGCUUCGCCUGACGCGAUGCGUGUUUUGCUCGCCGGGUGACGCUUGCACGCCGUUUGAAGCCGCCCACCUGUCGCAGCUGUUUGAGUGCGUGUGUUCUGUGGGCGAGGCUGGCGCCGCCCUGGAGGCGGAAAUCGCCCAGUCGCUGUGUCACCUGUUUGGCUUCACGCUGUCACGCACGGAGGGAUACGGGAACGCCGGGAUGCUGCAGAGACGGCGAGUCGCCGAGGUCUGUGGAAUGCUGGCACGCAACGUGGGAGCAGAAAACCAAGCUGAGCACGCCGAGGGCUUCCUCCGAGCCGCGCUGAAAGCCGAGGUCGCCAUGGUGAUGCGGCAGAUGGACGAGGAGGAGCCCGUGGCCAAGAAAGUCUGCAAAGUUGCAAUUCCUUCAUCGUCGUCGUCAAAAAGCGAGGUGGACAUGCGGGCUCGCAGUCCGCUCUGGGCCGCGGUCAGCAGCCGCUUGGACGAGCUGUUAGCGCUCUUGAACUCCGACCCAAAGGAACCGGAGUGCGCUCUGCGGGGUCUGGUGCUGGUCCUCCGUCUGGUCACCGUCUGCUUUUCACCCGGCAGACCUCUCCUUUGGGUGUCAGCCGACAAUCUGAGCAGGUCGCUUAGGAGCUGCCAAUUGGUGUUGGAGGGGGGGGCUAAAGACUGCUACCAGAUCGCCAUCCGAGUCCUGGACUGUAUCGUCUACUUGACCAGCUACGGUCACGGCGAGGACGUCCUCCAGCGUCAGACGUGUGCGCUUCUGUCGCUCCCGUGGGUGUCGGACCUCAAGUCGUCCUCGGCCUACAAAAGUUCCGGAUUCCCCCCCUGGGUGCUGGUCUUGGCGGAGAGGCUCCACUUCUCCAGCGAGGUGCAGACGCACUGUGUGACGCUCCUGGCCCGCCUACGUCCCGCCGCCUGCCCAGCUUGGCGAGCCUGCGUCUUUUCGGCCGUGCUGCAGGGCCGGGACGAGGCGGUGAGAGCGGCAGCGGUCAGAGCCUUCCCGCUCCUGCUGCACCACCUGGGGAAGGCCCACCUGGACCUGAUGGCCAGUACCCUACACCCCAGCUUGGAGGACACGUCCGAGGAGGUGAAAAAGGAACUUGGCAGGAUCGUGGGUCAGCUGAGCUGCAUCCAGUCCGGCCUCUCGCUGCUCGCCAAUGUCCAAUCAGCUGCUCCGGAAGAGCUGGUCUGCGUGCGCCUGGCUCUGGCAGAAGAGCACGCUGGGAAUGCUCUCCCAUCUUUGAAGGCGUCGUUUGUCAAGCCCUUUCUUCCUCUGCUCCAGCCACAAGCUGCAAGUAGUGUGAAAACAGCGUUCCUGAAAGCGUUGCCGCACCUCUGCCAACACGUCAGUCUGGCCGGCGACGACCGCGACAGCCAAGUUCUGUGCGCCCUGAUGGACCUCAUGGAGGACCCCGACACGGGGGUCAGAACCGGUCUCAGCCAGUCGGUGCGUUUCCUGCUCACGGAACCCACGCAGAGCUCCGACGACGACGGCUCUGUGAGUGAGCUGCUGGUUGCUCGCCUCAAAGACGCUUUCAACAACUCAAAGGUGAAGAAAGACGACCACCUGCGCCACACUCUCAUCCUCACCACUGGAGAGAUCGGCAGAGCGUCCCAGGGCAGGCUGGUGUCCUUCUCCCUCCUGCAUCUCCUCCACUGUCUGCUGUCCAAGUCGCCGCAGGUGUCUGUUGCCGCCUACACUCAGAUCAGAGCCCUGGCCGCCGCCAAAGGCCUCAAACUCCAAACGCUCUUCAGUCAGUACAAGAACCCCAUUUGUCAGUUCCUGGUGGAGUCGCUGCACUCGCGUCACGCCUCGGCCCUGCGCAGCACCCCCGAUCAGAGCAGCAGCGAGUCAGCCAAUCAGAGGGAGCUCGCCUUGGACAUCCUGGCUCAGAUCGCACACGCUUUUGACUUUCCAGACCUCAACCUCUUCCUGUCUCGGACGUUGCAGGUACUCCUGCCCUACCUGGCCGCCAAGGCCAGCCCGACAGGCUCCGCCCUCAUCCGUACCUUGGCCAAUGAGCUGAAGGCAAACAGGAGGGAGAUCCUGAUCAACAACUUCAAGUACAUCUUCAGCCAUCUGGUGUGCUCCUGCACCAAGGAGGAGCUGGAGAAGGCCUUUCACUACUUGCAGCGUGAGACCGAGAUCGAACUGGGUUCCCUUCUGCGUCAAGACUUCCAGGGUCUUCACAACGAGCUGCUGCUGCGCCUGGGGGAACACUACCAGCAGGUCUUCAACGGACUGGCCAUCCUCGCCUCCUUCGCCUCGAGCGACGACCCCUAUCAGGGUCCCCGCGGCAUCACCACCCCGGAGCGCAUGGCCGACUACUUGCAGCCGAAGCUCCUGGGAAUUCUGUCCUUCUUCAACAUGCAGCUGCUCAGCUCCAGUGCAGGAGAGAAAGACCGCAAGAAGCAGGCGCUGACCAGCGCCAUGGCUCUCAUGCAGCUGAUGGGCUCCAAGCACAUCAGCUCAGUGCGGGUGAAGAUGAUGACCACCCUGCGCACGGGACUUCGCUACAGACAAGACUUCCCUCUGCUCUGCUGCCAGGCGUGGGAGCGUUUUGUGCGCAGUGUGGAGCCCGUGCACCUGGGGCCCCUCCUGAGUCACGUCAUAGUGGCGCUCCUCCCCCUCAUCCCUCUGCAGCCCAAGGAAACUGCCGCCAUCAUCCGCUUCCUGAUACUGGACAACAGGGAAGAAGUCAACGACUACCUCCAUGAGAUUUAUUUCCUGCCGCAGCACCCUGAGCUGGAAGACAUCCACACUGUCCUGCAGAACUACAAAAAGCUGACCGCCAGUACCAGUGACUUGGUGUCCGCCCUGCAGCUGUCCAUGAGAGCCGUGCAACAUGAGAAUGUGGACGUGCGCAUUCAUGCGCUUACCAGCCUGAGGGACAUGAUGCACAACAACCAGGCCUGGCUACUGAGGCGUGUUUGCGCCAGUGAGGCGGUGGAGCCGCUGAUCUCCAGCCUGGUGUCGGUGCUGCUCAAGGGUUGCCAGGACUCGUCCCCGCAGGCCAGGCUGCUGUGCGGAGAGUGUCUCGGGGAGCUGGGCGCCGUGGACCCCGGACGCCUGGACCUGACGCCAUCGCACACGCACGGCGACAGCAACACCUUUGUGAGUGGAGUUGAGGAUCCAAACUUCGCCUAUGACUUGCUGAAUGAGCUGACCAGAACGUUCCUAGCGUACGCUGACAACGUGCGAGCGCAGGAUUCAGCUGCUUACGCCAUUCAGGAGCUCCUCUCCAUCUUUGAGUGUCGUGAAGGCCGCCAGGAUUCACCAGGACGCCGCCUGUGGAGGAGGUUCCCCGAGCACAUCCAGGAGAUACUGGAGCCUCACCUCAACAGCAGGUACAAGAGCAGCCAGAAGGAGGCCAGCGGCUCCAAAGUCAAGAAUCCCAUCUACAUGAGCAGCAGAGGCAGCAACUUCUCUGAUUGGUCGGCCACUUGGGCCGCCUACCUCAUUAGCAAAGUGCGACACGAGCUGGCCAGCCGAGUGUUCACCUGCUGCAGUUUCAUCAUCAAGCACGACUACAAAGUCACCAUCUACCUGCUGCCUCACAUCCUGCUCUCCAUGCUGCUGGGCUGCACUCCUGACCAGCAGAAGGAGGUGACUGAGGAAAUGAUGGCAGUGCUGACAGAAGGGGAGGGGCCAGGAGCGGGGCGUGUCCAGGAGACGGCCUCCAGCCUAUCACAGCUCAGCACUCAGACGGUGUUCAGCAUGUUGUCUCACCUCACUCAGUGGAGCCGACACCUUCUCUACGGCAAAAGCAAAGCCAGCGAAAGUGGGGAGUACCAGCGUGUGGCGGCCUUCCUCAAGGGGAUUCCGCAAGACGUCCUGGCCAAAGCUUCACUUCGCUCCAAGGCGUACACCCGGGCACUCAUGCACUUCGAGGCCCACAUCCUGGAAAACAAGGAGAACGUCCAGGACCACCUCACCUUCCUGCAGACUCUGUACGCCGCCUUGCACGAGCCCGACGGCGUUACAGGGGUCAACACCCUCAGGAAGGAGGAGCCGUCGCUACGGGAACAGAUCCUGGAACACGAAAGCAUCGGUCUCUUGCGGGACGCCACCGCCUGCUACGACCGGGCCAUCCAGCUGGAGUCGGACCAGAUCGCUCAUUACCACGGGGUCAUGACGUCCAUGCUGGGGCUGGGCCAGCUGUCCACUGUCAUCACGCAGGUUAAUGGAGUGUUGGCCAACAAGCACCAGUGGACUUCAGAGCUCAACACGUACAGAGUGGAGGCUGCCUGGAAGCUGGGCAAAUGGGACCUGCUGGAGGACUACUUGACUUGGGACCAUCAGUCCAGCAAGUGGGGGGUGCGAAUGGGUCAGUUGCUGCUGGCCGCCAAGACACGAGAUACUGCUGCCUUUUACGAGAAGCUGAAGCUGGUCAGGAAGGAGCAGGUUGACCCUUUGUCUGCCGCCAGCUACGAGUGUGGAACCUACCAGAGAGGAUAUGAAUACAUCAUCAGGUUACACAUGCUGAGCGAGUUGGAGCACACGUUCACAGAGCUGCAGGAAACAGGCUCCGCCCCCAGCCUCAGACAGCUUCCGUCUCAUUGGUCGGACCGGCUGGAGAUGACCCAGAAAUCCUUCCGGGCCAAAGAGCCCAUCCUGGCCCUGCGUCGCGCCUUGCUCAGCCUACAAUCACAACCUACGAGCCAGGAGCUGGUGGGAGAGUGCUGGCUGCAGAGCGCUCGCGUGGCCAGGAAGGCGGGGCACCACCAGACGGCUUUCAACGCCCUCCUGAACGCCGAGAACACUCACCUGGCCGAGCUGGUCACCGAGAAGGCCAAGUGGCUUUGGUCCAAGGGGGACGUGCACCAGGCCCUGAUUGUGCUGCAGAAGGGCGUGGCCCAGUGUUUCCCCGACGACCGCCCCCAGUCGGACCCUCGCAGUCUGCAGACCAAAGGCAGAGCCAUGCUGCUGGUGGGACGCUUCAUGGAGGAGACGGCCAACUUUGAGUCCAACGCCAUCAUGAAGACGUACAAGGAUGUGACCAACCUUCUGCCCGAGUGGGAGGAUGGCAACUUCUACUUGGCAAAGUACUACGACAAAGUGAUGCCCAUGGUGACCGACAACAAGCUGGAGAAGCAAGGCAACCUCAUCAGAUACAUCGUCACCUACUUUGGAAAAGCCUUGCAGUUUGGUAACCAGUACAUCUACCAGGCCAUGCCUCGCAUGUUGUCCCUCUGGCUGGACUUUGGAGCCAAGGUGUGCGAGUGUGAGAAAGCCGGCCGCACCGACAGACAGAUGCGCCAGGAGCUGUCCAAGAUCAACGCGGCCGUCAGCGAGCACUGCGCCAACUUGGCGCCAUACCAGUUCCUGACAGCCUUCUCGCAGCUCAUCUCCAGGGUGUGCCACUCCAGCGACGAGGUCUUCACCGUCCUCAUGACCAUCGUGGCCAAGGUCUUCCUGGCGUACCCGCAGCAGGCCAUGUGGCUGAUGGCGGCCGUGUCCAAGUCGUCGUAUCCCACCCGCAUGAAUCGCUGCAAUCAGAUCUUGAAGAAGGCCAUCAGCCUCAAGCCCUCCCUGGAGAAGUUCAUCAAUGAUGCCAACAGGCUCACCGACAAGCUGCUGGAGCUCUGCAACAAGCCGGUGGACGGCAACAGCAGCAGCCUGAGCAUGAACUUGCACUUCAAGCAGCUGAAACGUCUGGUGGAGGAGCCCACCUUCAGCCAGAUCCUGAUCCCGCUGCAGUCCGUGCUCAUCCCAACGCUGCCCUCUACUGGCGGCGCCAACACCACGCACGACGCCUUCCCGGGACACUGGGCCUACCUGCACGGCUUUGAAGACUCGGUGGAGAUCCUGGCCUCCUUGCAGAAGCCCAAGAAGAUCAGUCUGAAGGGGUCGGAUGGGCGGAGCUACACCAUGAUGUGCAAACCUAAAGACGACCUGAGGAAGGACUGCAGACUUAUGGAGUUCAACUGCCUCAUUAACAAGUGCUUACGGAAAGACGCGGAGUCGCGGCGGCGGGAGCUCCACAUCCGCACGUACGCCGUCAUCCCACUCAACGAGGAGUGUGGCAUCAUCGAGUGGGUCAACCACACGGCAGGACUGAGACACAUCCUCACCAAACUGUACAAGGAGAGAGGUGUGUACCUGUCGGGCAAGGAGCUGAGGAAGCUGAUCCUUCCAAAGAGCGCCCCCUUUGAGGAGAAACUGAGAGUGCACAAGGAAGUCUUGUGUGCACGACAUCCUCCUGUCUUCCACCUCUGGUUUCUACACACCUUCCCCGACCCUACAUCAUGGUACAGCAGUCGCUCCGCAUACUGCCGCUCCACAGCAGUGAUGUCCAUGGUGGGUUACAUCCUGGGCUUGGGGGAUCGCCACGGGGAAAACAUCCUCUUUGACUCCUUCACGGGGGAGUGUGUGCACGUGGACUUCAACUGCCUCUUCAACAAGGGGGAGACCUUCGACGUGCCCGAGGUGGUUCCCUUCCGCCUGACUCAAAACAUGGUCCACGCCAUGGGGCCCAUGGGCACGGAGGGUCUCUUCAGGCAGGCGUGUGAGGUCACACUGCGACUGAUGAGGAACCAGAGAGAGCCCCUCAUGAGCGUGCUGAAGACCUUCCUCCACGACCCCUUGGUGGAGUGGAGCAAACAAGGCAAAGGACUUUGCAAAACGCAAGCCAACCAAACUGGGGAGAUAGUCAACGAGAAGGCCAAGACUCACGUGUGCGACAUCGAGCAGCGCCUGCAGGGCGUGAUCAAGAGCAGGAACAAAGUGCUGGGGCUGCCAUUGUCCAUCGAGGGACACGUCCACUACCUCAUCCAGGAAUCCACCGACGACAAACUGCUGUGUCAGAUGUACCUGGGCUGGGGGCCUUACCUGUAAGGUGCACCUUUUCUUCCCUUACAGGUCAGCUUUCACAUUUCUAUACGGUUUUUUUUGGAAUAAACCAGGAUUAUGUUUUCUAUGAUGAACGAUAAAGUCCUGCUUUGCUUUGCUUUCAUCCAAACAAUAACUUCUGAACAUUACAAUAGAAUAGAAUGGACUUUAUUAGGGACUGAAUGUCCCUUUGAGACAGAGGACCCUAUUCAAUUUCUAGCGUUUUAUUCUUUCUUUCUUUAUUAUUAUUAUUAUUCCGCAGCUUUGAGCUGUAAUUUGACCCCCUUACAUACUUGCCAACCUUGAGACCUCCGAUUUCGGGAGGUGGGG